UUUCCAUAUCAGGAACCAUGAUUCCAUGAGGAUGUUCAUACUACAAUGUAGGGAACGCGUAGACGUGUUAGAUUGUUGCACUUUGCACAUUCACUUUGUUGUAUCCAUUGAUGGUCAUUUGCAACAAAUUGUUUACGCAACUAGUUUAAUUCGUGCACCGCAAACAAUCACACGACUCGACUAGAAAAACUCAAAACCCAUCUUCAAUACAAAUUAAUACGAUUUCAUAAUACUUUGAAGUAGCCCUGAUGGUGAAUCAGGGCUAAUUGAGUAGACCCUUACCAACUUUCAAUAUUCUCAACAAAUCAUUCUACCCAAUUCUUCAAUGUAAC